CUUAACUCUCAAUAACUAUAAAGGUUUUUAUAUUGUUCCAAGUCAAAUUUAACUGUUGCGGUGGAACAUUCUAGGGUGUAUUCCACCACACUUCCUUCUUUCAAGAGUGCAUUUUAUCAUUCUUGAGGCUUCUGUAUACACGUAAUCUUUCGUCGUUCAUCUUGAGAGCUAAACAAAAUAAGCUUUUUAAAUGAGUCAAGCUGUAACAAUGAAAGGAGACUUUUGUGGUCGUGGUAGCACAACAUAUAUGCCUUUGACCCCUCCACCAUACCAAUUCAUCUUCCUUCUUUUCCAAUUUUGGUAAUUCUAAGCCCAAUUAUAUGAAGCAGUGCGAGCCGCCAAAGCAUUUUCUAUGCCUCUUUUCCUUGUUUCAUUCACUCAUACUACCCCAUUUGACAAUGUUCGAUCUUCACUCCCGUUCACGAUACGACGAACCCAGAACCUACAGUUUUGAUCGCUCACCGCAUUAUCACCUUAUCAGCAAGGCCAUACAACAUCGUCGUCAAAGCAGAUCGUCUACCGAUUCUUUCUCUUCUGCCAUGGCCGCUGCAACUGCUGUACAAAAUGGUUUACCGUCUCCGCCCAUUGAUGGCCAUUUUAAGAUGAGAGCGUCCACGCCACCACCACCGGCUGAUCUUGCUAGCAGUAGCAGUAGCAGUAGCAGUAGCAGCAAUAGUAGUGUUUCUUCUACAAACUCGUGGUCGCCAGAACCUACAGUUGCCGGGGGCAUGACGAAAGCGGAUAUUUGUGUCAGAUUGCAGGAAUUACGAAACGAGAAACACCGGCUGUUCCAACUCAUAAAGCAACAGCUUGUUCAACAAGAAGAAGAGGAGCAACGUCGAGAAAGUCAUGACUAUUUUAUGCAUUCGCAACAGCAUCAACAUCAACAGUAUGUCGGAUGAAUGCGUGAAGUUGUUUCCUAGGUAAAAGCAAUAAUUUUCUAGCUAAAGAUAAAAAAGACUCCCCAUGUAUUUAUUAAAUAUAGGUGGUGUGUUGUUGUAGUGCUUAGUCCACACCGGCAUAGCUUGUAGGCAAAGAGACCAUCCAUUGCGGUUAUCGUCAA